UCCGUCGCGCUUUACAGUUGGAGUGGAGCAGAGGGCGGUGUGUUUCCACCGGGGACAGUCCCGUUGAGUGGAGCCAUAGCGCGGACGGACAUUUUCAUCCCGUGUCGACACAAAUCAAGCAAAAGAAAAGAAGAAGAGCAGAAGAAACUGAAAGAGUCUUCCUUGUUUGAGGUCAAAGUUCAUCAGUCAUCAUGACAGACGAAUCGGACAUGCGCAAUGAGCUGGCCGACCUGCAGACGCGCGCAGACCAGAUAGCCGAUGAGUCUCUGGAGAGCACUCGGCGCAUGCUGUCUCUGGUCGAGGAGAGUAAAGAUGCUGGCAUCAGGACUCUGGUCAUGCUGGAUGAGCAGGGAGAACAACUGGAGCGCAUCGAGGAGGGGAUGGACCAAAUCAAUAAGGACAUGAAGGAUGCAGAAAAGAAUUUGAACAAUCUAGGACAGUUCUGUGGUCUAUGUUCAUGUCCCUGUAACAAGAUUAAGGGCGGGGGCCAGGCCUGGGGAGGGAACCAGGAUGGAGUGGUGAACAGCCAGCCGGGGGCUCGAGUGGUGGACGAACGUGAACAGAUGGCCAUCAGUGGGGGCUUCAUCCGCAGGGUAACAGAUGACGCCAGGGAGAAUGAGAUGGAUGAAAACCUGGAGCAGGUGGGCGGGAUCAUUGGCAAUCUUCGUCACAUGGCCCUGGACAUGGGCCAGGAGAUCGACACUCAGAACCGCCAGAUUGAUAGGAUCAUGGAGAAGGCUGAUUCCAACAAGACCAGGAUUGACGAGGCUAACCAGCGUGCAACAAAGAUGUUGGGCAGUGGCUAAACUGCAGCGAAAAAGUGCUUUCAUCCCAGUUUAACCCCAGUCACCCUAAAAAUAACAACACCAACCAAACCCAGCCCCCAGUACCAACGCCCAGUGCCCACUUCCUAUGCUCGACAGCAGGCGCUGCAAAAUCAUGCUUUUACUGUGAUACUUGUAGACAUUUGCACACAUUCACAUAUCAUACAUUCCUCUUCCCCCCUCUCAAUCCUACCCACCACUCCCCUCCCUUGUUGUCAAUGUUGUUCAGUGUUGUCACUCUUUUGAUUUUGUUAAGAACUAAUAGUUCUGUUACACAUCGCCCACUCAAACUCUCUCUACACUGUACAUAGUGCUUCUUAAAUGGCUUUAUUGAUUUAGAUAAUUUGUCCUUUUUUCUUCAUCACUUUUUUUUAAGUCUGUGUGUAAGAUAAACUGUAUGUACACCUUGCUCCAAGAUGUCCUUCCCCCAUGUCAGUAUUCUGGUGUUGUCCAUGUACGACACUGUGUAUUCAUCAGUUAGGAUGUAGUGAUGCUACAUGAUAAGGCCACAGUGAAUAUUGUGAAUAUACAGCCACAGCUUGUAGCCAAGGCCACUGUCAUUCAAUGUAAAUGUGGAAUCACUCAGAUCUUAAUGACAUAGUAGACCAUAAUAGUUUGUAUAUGAGCCAUUUGGAUGAAGCCACAGCUUUUUGUUCCUGACUGUAAGCGCACCAGUAUUUUACCAACUCUACUACUGGAGCUGUGUUAACACAAUUUGAUGCUAUUGAUUAUAUAGCAUAUAACUUUUCCUCAGGGAGCUAAAUCUUACCGUUCAAAAGCAUGGGUUAAUAUUUAAUUGGUUUAUAAUAAUUCAUAAAAACUGUAUCAUACGGCUCAGUCUAUAUGCAGAUAUUUGCAUUUGUUUGUGGUCUGAACAGCAUUGUUGAUGGGGCUCUUGUUUAUUCAUCAUAAAAAUAUUGGGCAUUAACCAUAGUAGCUAACAUUGUGAUAAUGAAAAGAGGUGGCGCUUUGCUAGAUGUCCACAGCAAACGAUUCAUCUCUUCACAUAGCAGGCUAAACUGCUUUACCCAUGAUUCAAGCCUAGCAAUAUCAAGUAGUGCAUUAAGUGUGUUAUGCAUGUCCAUCUGCUGCUAGAAAACACUGAAUUCAUGUAUCCAGGCAAAAAUAUCCUAACAUGGCAACCGCAUGCUACAUAUGUAGGCCCAUAUUUGCAAUAGUGCCACUCUUUUUGUUUCAUGUUUCUUUACCUUUCCAGACUGCGACCAUCACUGUAAUUAAUACCUUGGGAAAUGCCAAUAAAACCAUCAUAACUGUAGAACCAAUCUGA